AGGGAAACAAUGACUCGUUGGACGUUGUACUUUUUUUGGAUUCAACUAUUUUCGUUGGUUCUUUGCGAAUACAAAGAUUCGGAGAGUCUUUGCGCAUCUCGAGAAACCUGCAGUGAUUGUCUACGCACUCCGCGAUGUGUUUGGUGUUCUACCAGGGUGUCCGAUCAUCAAAAUGCGAACGGUCCAUUGGUUCGUUGUGUUACCAGAGAAAAACUGUUAAAAGAAGGUGAUUACUGGUGUCGAACUUCAGACGUGAUAGAUGAAGCCAACCGGAUGAUUAUGCUUGAAAAUCGAGCGUUAUCCUCGACGAAAGGCACGGAUCCUGUCCAAGUACAACCUCAAAAAAUUCAAUUGCGGCUCAGGCGAGGCGAAGAAUAUCGACUGACAGUAAAAUACAGUCAAGCAGAGGAUUAUCAAGUGGAUUUAUAUUAUUUGAUGGACUUGUCGGCAUCUAUGGAAUCUUACAGAGAUCACUUGUCGGAAUUGGGAGUUCAGUUGGCGGAAGCCAUGCGAAAGCUCACUUCGAAUUUUCGUUUAGGAUUCGGCAGUUUCGUGGAUAAAGUUGUGCUACCGAUGACUAAUACGCAACUGGAGAAAUUAAUAUCACCGUGUGUUUUGAAGAAAAGUGGGAAACCAUGUGCCUCCCCCUAUGGAUACAAAAAUCAGAUGCCCCUCACCGAGAAUAUUACUCUUUUCAAAACUCGCGUGCAAGAGGCACCGGUGUCUGGUAAUCUGGACUCGCCCGAGGGUGGUCUCGAUGCGAUGAUGCAGGCUAUGGUUUGCACCGAGGAAAUUGGUUGGCGACAGAACGCCCGACGUCUUAUCAUUUUCUCAACCGACGCCAGUUACCAUAUUGCUGGAGAUGGUAAACUAGCAGGAAUUAUCGAGCCGAACGAUUGUCUCUGUCACUUGGACGAACAGGGAUUCUAUACGUAUUCGACUCUGCAAGAUUAUCCAUCUAUAUCUCAAAUCAACAAAGUAGCUCGUGAGCACGACAUGAAUAUUAUAUUCGCGGUUCCGGGCCACAAGAAAGAUACGUAUCAAUUAUUGAGUAGAAGCAUCAGUGGCUCCCGUAUCGGAAUAAUAGGGCAAAAGUCUCAAAACGUGGUGGCUCUGGUUAGUGGAGAAUACGAGAAACUGGUCAACUGUAUAACAAUGACGGACAAUGCGCCAGAUAUUAUCGACGUGAAGUACUUCUCUCGGUGUUUGGACAAAAAUGGCGAAUUAACGGAGCGACAAGAAUGCGGAGGGCUACGAGUAGGGAAUGUCGUCGACUUCGAAGUUGUGCUACAGGUGACCGAGUGUCCAGAGAAUCCUAAAGAAUGGCGGAAAAGCAUGCAGAUCAAACCAAGAGGUAUAAACGAGAGCUUAACGAUCGAAGUGGAGAUUGUAUGCGAUUGUCCCUGUGAGCGACCAGGAUACCCGGGACACACGGCAGCUGCGGAAGAUUGCAGAGGGAACGGGUCUCUGGUCUGCGGUAUAUGUUCCUGCAACGAUGGCUUUUACGGGAAGCAGUGCGAAUGCGUAGGGAAUGCAGACGGGGCUGAGAACGCGGCUGCCAUGGUUGACUGUAAGCCUAACAACGAGACCACUGAAACUUGCAGCGGUCGUGGAGUCUGCAAAUGCGGCAUGUGCGAAUGUAUAAAACGUUCGAAUCCGCAAGAAGUGUUUUACGGGAAAUAUUGCGAUUGCGACAAUUUCUCGUGCAAACGCAGCGGAGGAUUGGUUUGCGGCGGGCGAGGCAAGUGCGAAUGCGGUACUUGCAAUUGCCUGCCGGGAUGGGGCGGCGAGACGUGUGAUUGCAAAGAGACGAACAGUACAUGCACACCGAUCAACGGCCAAAGUACAGAGAUUUGCAGCGGACACGGUGACUGUAUUUGCGGUAGCUGUCACUGUCACGAGAAAGACAACAUCCGAUACUCUGGCCAGUACUGCGAAGAGUGUCCCACAUGUCCUGGACAACGAUGCGAAGAAUUGAAGAACUGCGUGGAGUGUAUGGCGUACAAUUCCGGGCCUUUGGCUGAAGAUGGAAAGUGCGAUCAGUGUUUGCACCAGAUCGAUAUCGUGGAUAAGGUCGUAGAAGAUCUAGAAAAAGAUCUAGAGAGUGGAGCUCGUGUUUGUCGAACCCCUGGCGAUGCUGGCUGUACGUUUGUAUUCAAGUAUGAAUAUUACAGAGGUGGUACCGGGGGAGAUAUUAAGAUAUUCAAGAUUCAGGCAGAGAAGGAGCGGACCUGUUCUGUACCUAUUAACGCCCUCGGUGUUGCUGUGGGACUAAUAGUUAGCACUGUGAUUAUCGGUUUGCUGAUCCUUCUUAUUUGGAAAAUAUUAACAAGUAUCCACGACAAGCGGGAAUACGCGAAAUUCGAGCGAGAGCGUGUACUGGCUAAAUGGGACAGGGGGGAUAAUCCACUUUAUAAACAAGCUACGACGACGUUCAGCAAUCCAAUGUACAACGAAAAUCCUGAUGUACACGAAAACGACGAUUGUAAUUAA